AUGAAGGAUGAGACGAAGCCAGCCAAAUUCACUUUGGGCAGUGGAGAAAUGACAGGUAACAAAUGUACAACAGAAAUUGUGAACAGUAACGACCUCUCAUCAUUUGAAAUGCUAUCCGACGUGGGUGAGAUAUCGCUUUACAUUGUUGAUGACCAGCCAAUUAUCCCAUGUAUUGAGCUUCCGAUGUUCGGACUCCAGGGAACUUUGCCUACAGAACCAGUGAAUACAACCACCCAAGAGCAGGCUCCAGACAGGGAACAGGAAUCCAAUGUGCAGGCUCCAGAGAGGGAACAGGAAACAAAUGUUCAGGCAGCCAUGCAUUUCUUGUGUCGCGAGAUUCAGAAUAACGGGUCAACGAGUCUAUCUGAAAUUGCUGAAGCACCCCAACCCCGAGAUCCAACUGAUGACUCAAUUCAUGAGGCCCAGGUUGCGGUGUCUGAAUCAGAAAUACGGGAGCUCCACAAUAUCAUGAAUCAAAAGUCCGCUCGGCCUGCUGAUAUCGAUAAAGAGAACAAAAUCCAAGCAAGGGCAGAGUCUAAGGCUCGGCAUACGGCCAGAAAGAACGACAUGUGGGGGGUUGACUACUUUCCAACGUGCUCGGGGUCACAGUAA